AAUCUUGGUUUGGUAAUAAACAUAACCUUUUUUUAAAUUAACCUGUCACUUUUAUUAUUUACUUUUAAAAUGAAUAAAAUUACUCAUUGGGGUGAAAUUGAACGUGAAAACGAUGAUAUUUUCGUUCCAGACAUAACGGCCGAUGUUGAAAGAUCAAUGAACAAAUUUUGUUUAGCUGAAUAUGAUGCAAAUCAAGAUCAACAUAACCUAAAUAAAACGGAACAAAUAACUCUACAAAACAUGGAUCCAUUAAUUAUGUACACAAUAAAUUUACAUAAACAUGCUAAUGAUAUGACGGAGAUGAUUCGAGUUGCCGAAUUAGCUAUUGAAUCAAAUUUAAUUCCACCGGAAGAUGCAAUACCUCCUAUUCCAGAUAAACCAAACCUUAUUUUAAGACAUUCACGAAAUAGUUUAAAUUAUAUACCAAAAAGAUUUACGGCAUUUUCGUUAGGGAAAGAGAUUGAUGUCCCUGAAAUAAGUUAUGCCGGAGCCAAACAGGUUCUAAUUAAAUGUGUAGCUGUUUUAACCGCUCAUAUUGGUUUUGAAACAACUCAUCAAAGUGUUUUAGAUUUCUUAACUGAAAUUUUAGAAGCGUUUUUAUUGAAGUUAGGAGAAGAUUUAAGGGUUGCUAUUGAUGAUCAAAAAGAGGGAAGAUUAUGUGGGUUUCCUAAUCCAAUUGAAAGAGUUUUAACUGAAUUAGGACUUGGUGGAACCAAAGGUCUUCAUGAUUACUACCAAAAUAGAGUAAUUAAAUAUAUUGAGGUGAUGCAAAAACGUUGUAGAGAGCUCAAUAAUUAUUACACCCAAUUAUUGAUACCAAGGACUUCAUCCCCUGUUGAUAAAUUAAAUAGGAUGGUAAAAGUUAAAGUAGAAGAAGAAGAUACAAGUGAUUUUGAUAAUCCAGAAAUGCAUUUUCCAACGUUGGAAGGUGAAAUUGGUCUGUUAUCGUUAGAAACUGGGUUUCAAUUGUUAAACAGCUUAGAAGCUGAAACGAAUUUGCAAAGUAUUCCGGAAGGGGAAGAUGAAAUUAAAGUGAAUGCGUCGCCAAGUGUUGUUGUAUCUGAAUCGGAUUCUUCGAAUUUAUCACCGUAUCCAAAAAAGAAAAGGAAUAGAUAAAUAAUUGUAUAUUUAAAACAUCGACGCAUCGCUUAAUUUAGAUUUUUCCAAUUGAGGGUUUUAUUAUAAUUUCUUCACUUGUAAUCCCUUUUGGUCCUUUGCAAUUAUACAAAUGAACUUAUUA